AUGCGCGCAGCCCUCCUCCUCAUACCAGCAGUAGCAGUCGCGGCGUUCACCCCGAUAGUCAUCGACAUUGAAUUUGACACGCUCGCCAUCCCAGAUUUCGACCACUCGGCCAUCGCGACACCUGUGGUCGCCGUGACUCCAUUCCCGGCCGCAUCAUCCCCCGCCCUUCGAGAAGAGGACGAGUUGGAGAUCGACUGGUCGGGAGAGGGCGAUACAUUCGACCCCGUCGCCUACCUCGACGCGCAGGAGGCUGCUGGAACCUCAACCUCAACCCCACAUGCCGGGUUGAGGGGGUACGCGUACGGCCCAGCUCGGUUAGCACCGGAAGGGGUACUGUCGGCAGCUGCUGGGGCUGUGAUGGACAUGUUCUAG